AUGGACGCAGCAGAGUUUCGUCGCAGAGGGAAGGAGAUGGUGGACUAUGUGGCCGACUACCUGGAGAACAUCGAACAGCGACCCGUCUACCCAGAUGUGGAGCCGGGGUAUCUUCGCUCCUUGAUCCCCACAGAGGCCCCACUGGAGCCGGAGAAUUAUGAUGAUAUAAUCAAAGAUGUGGAAAGGGUCAUAAUGCCAGGGGUCACCCACUGGCACAGCCCAUACUUCUUUGCCUACUUUCCAGCUGCUAGCUCUUACCCUGCCAUGUUGGCCGACAUGUUGUGUGCUGCCAUUGGCUGCAUUGGAUUCUCCUGGGCUGCCAGCCCAGCCUGCACAGAGCUGGAGACAGUGAUGCUAGACUGGCUGGGGAAGAUGCUGAAUCUGCCUGAGCAUUUUAUAGCCGGGACUCAUGGCCACGGAGGAGGUGUCAUCCAGAGCACAGCCAGUGAAGCAACCCUGGUGUCCAUGCUCGCUGCCCGCUGUAAAGCCAUCCGACGAGUUCAGGCCUCCAACCCCGAAAAAUCGGAGGCUGAAAUCCAGGGCAAACUGGUGGCGUACACCUCUGAGCAAGCUCAUUCCUCAGUGGAGCGUGCUUCUCUGAUUGGAGGAGUGAUGAUAAAGAAGGUUCCCACAGACAACACCUACGCGGUCAGAGGGGGCAUGUUUAAGAAGAUGCUGGAGGAGGACAAAGCAGCUGGACUCAUCCCCUUCUAUUUAUGUGCGACCCUUGGCACCACACCAUCAUGUGCUUUUGAUCACAUCACUGAGCUGGGGCCCAUAUGUAACGAGGAAAACAUGUGGAUGCACAUCGAUGCAGCAUAUGCAGGGAGUGCAUUCAUCUGUCCUGAAUUUAGGCCUUUGUUGAAUGGCAUUGAGUUUGCAGACUCUUUCAACUUCAACCCUCACAAAUGGCUUUUAAUCAACUUUGACUGUUCUACAAUGUGGGUGAAGAAGAGAGAGGACAUCAUUGGAGCCUUCAAGAUGGAACCACUCUACCUGAAACACGAAAACCAGGAGUCAGGGCUGGUCACAGAUUAUAGGCAUUGGCAGAUUCCACUCGGAAGAAGAUUCCGCUCACUAAAGAUGUGGUUCGUCUUCCGUAUGUAUGGUAUUCAAGGCCUGCAGGCUCAUAUACGAAAGCAAGUGGACCUGGCCAAAGAGUUUGAGAGUCUGGUACGAGCAGACAAGAGAUUCGAGAUCUGUGCCGAGGUCAUCAUGGGACUGGUCUGCUUCAGGCUCAAGGGCUCCAAUGAGUUGAACCAGCUCUUGCUGAAAAGGAUCACCAAGCGCAGAGAGAUCCACCUGGUACCCUGCCAGCUCUCCGGCCGCUUUGUCCUGCGCUUUGCCAUCUGCGCACGCACUACUGACUCAUGUCACAUCCAAAAAUCAUGGCGGCACAUCACGCAGCUGGCCUUUGAGCUUUUGCAGGAGCAUCAUUGACCAAAAAGGCUGGAAAGGGGCUGUCCACUCUGAUGCCGAAAUUAGGACCAAAGUUAGGACAAAAAUUCAGAGUUUCAUGUUGCAGAUGUAAAAUGUCAUAAAGGGAAUGAACAAUGAUUUCACAGCUCGCUUAGCAGUCAGGUACCUUACUGUCUGCAGCCAUGUUAUCUAGUCUCGUAAGCAGUGGUCAUUAUUUUGCAAAUAAAUGUAUGUGAAAAUAACUUAUUACACAACGUAUCUACAAAAACUCAAAUGUGUAUAAAAGGAAAGAAUGCACGUUCCAAAUAUUAAAUUUUUGUAUCUCCAACUUCUCCCUGACUUCGCUUUUACCUCUCACUGUUGUAAUGAUGAUGUUAUUGCCCUCUUCAUAAUGCAGUUGUCCCACUGCAGACCUGUCUUUACUGCCUAUGCCGCUUUUGUGUCUUCUAUGAAAAAAUAUGGUUGGUUUGGGAAUUUUUUGAGUGUUGCAAUGACUUUAUUGCACAUCGUGUGUGAAUCAAUUUAUGAGUCUGUGUGUGUCUGCAAUUUUGUGUGAGUUGGUGCUCAUACAGAAACAGCUUUUUUAUGUCUGUGUUUAGUGAUAUGCUGUAAAUUAAGAAUUGGAAAUGAAAGUGUUGUAAUAGUGCGACAACAGUUACUUUAUCACAUUACUACUGUUGUCUGGCUAUAUAUUUCAUGGAGGGCUUCAUAGAGCCUGUGAAGUUAAAGAAUACGUUUUAUAAGUGCAUCAAUUUGUUCAUGACCUUAUUUGCAGAAGUAGUUGAGUUUAAUAUAUAAUGACAGGCAAGGGUCUAUCUUUUUUUUCUUCUUUUUUUAUGCACAAAAGGCCGGUAUUUCUUAAAACUGUAGCACAAGACAAUCCAUCUUUCACUGGAAGUCAAAUGGAUGAAAAUGAAAUGAUGCUACUUGGGUACACAGGACCACUAUUUGUUUCUCUACUAAGCAUAUUUUCAAUCAUUACAGUUAUACAGGCAAUUUGAUGCACGCACGCACACACUAGUCUCUCAUCAUAUACUGUAUGUUUAACUUUAAGCUUUGAAAUUUAAGACAGAUUCACAUGAUUAACAAAUGUAUUUCAAACAACACUAGGCUCCUGCCUGUUGUCAACAUCCACAACAUAUUUUGUCACUAUGUUUUCUGGGUUGCUGAUCCCUCACAUUUGUCUGCCAGGAGACAUGUAAAUCUUUGGUAUGACAUCACCAAACCUUGCUGUUAAUUCAUAAAUUGUGUCAAAGCAUGCUGCUGUUGCUGAUCAAGGUGUUUUCUCUCUGGCUUGGCUGUGUGCCACAUGCAAUGGUAUGGGCUUCUGUUAAUAAAGUCUACUGUCGUCUGCA